CGUGGCAGUUGGCAUCGUCGUCUUUAAUGUGAUGUCUCUAUCUCUCUCUCUUUAUUUCAUCAAUUGCCAUUGACACAGAGAGAGAGAGAGAUAGAUAGAUCGACGAUCAUGGGGGUGGCGGAGGAAGCGCACAACGUCCGGGUGGUCGGGUCCGGCGAGCCGACGGUGGUGCUGGGGCACGGGUUCGGCACGGACCAGUCGGUUUGGAAGCACCUGGUCGCCCACCUGGCUCAGACCAACAAGGUCCUCCUCUACGACAACAUGGGCGCCGGCACCACCAACCCCGACUACUUCGACUUCCACCGCUACUCCUCCCUCGAAGGCUACGCCCACGACCUCCUCGCCAUCCUCGACGAGUUCCACGUCACCAACUGCAUCUUCGUCGGCCACUCCCUCUCCUCCAUGACCGGCGCCAUCGCCUCCAUCCUCCGCCCCGACCGCUUCCUCAAGCUCAUCCUCAUCUCCGCCUCCCCCAGGUUUUUGAACUCUGAGGAUUACUACGGCGGGUUCGAGCAGGAGGAGGUGGACGAGCUGUGCAGGGGGAUGGAGGCGAACUACAAGGCGUGGGUGGGGGGGUUUGCGCCCCUGGUGGUGGGGGGCGACAUGGAGUCGGUAGCGGUCCAGGAGUUCAGCCGGACGUUGUUUAAUAUGCGGCCGGACAUCGCGCUCAGCGUUUUCAGGACAAUAUUCAACUUCGACCUCCGGCACUACCUGGGCCGCGUGACCGUGCCCUGCCACAUCAUCCAGAGCUCCAGGGACCUCGCGGUCCCCGUCGCCGUCGCGGAGUAUCUGCACCAGAACUUCGGCGGGAAGUCCAUCGUGGAGGUCGUCUCUACCGAAGGGCACCUCCCGCAGCUCAGCGCGCCGGAGAUCACCAUUCCCGUCCUGCUCCGCCACAUCCACCACGAUAUUCUUGAUGAUUAAAUUAAUUAAUUAUAUAUAUAUAUUAUAUGUAUCGAUCGAUCCUGAAUCUUUACAAAUCGAUGUUCAUCAAGCUAAGCUGUUUUAAUUAAUUAAUAUACUUAGUUUACACAAGGUAUAAUACGUACGUGCCUAGGGUUUGUUGUAGUGUUUAUGUUGUCCCAAUACCAAUGUGAUUAAAGCUUGUAACCUUUGAUUUUGCUAGUAAGAAUUUACGGAGUGUUUAA